GUGUGGCUGGGAGACGCUGACCUGAGUCAGUGCUUGUGACUGUAGUGUAUUUGUAGCGGGGAGAGAAGCAGCAGUAGACAUAUUGAACUAGUGCUUUAUCCUCACCACACCGAAUACUGGCACCAUGUCCAGCCGAGGAGGAAAGAAGAAGACCACCAAGACAUCUCGCUCCACGAAGGCCGGUGUGAUCUUCCCCGUGGGGCGCAUGCUGCGCUACAUCAAGAAGGGGCACCCCAAGUACAGGAUCGGGGUGGGGGCGCCUGUGUACAUGGCAGCCGUGCUGGAGUAUCUCACAGCUGAAAUCUUAGAGCUGGCGGGAAACGCUGCUCGGGAUAACAAGAAAGGCCGGGUCACUCCCAGACACAUCCUGCUGGCGAUCGCCAAUGAUGAAGAGCUGAACCAGCUGCUAAAAGGAGUUACAAUUGCCGCCGGAGGAGUUUUACCCAACAUUCACCCCGAGCUGCUCGCCAAGAAGCGGGGUUCAAAGGGCAAGUUGGAGGCCAUCAUCACCCCGCCUCCCGCCAAGAAAUCCAAGCUCCCCCCCGCCAAGAAAACUGGGCCGAAGAGAGCAGGGAGCAAGAAGGGAGCUGGAGGAAAGAAGAAGAAGCAGGGAGAGGUCAGCAAAGCAGCUAACGCCGACAGCACCACUGAGGGGCCCCCAGCGGACGGGUUCACUGUCCUCUCCACCAAGAGCCUCUUCCUGGGGCAAAAGCUGAACCUCAUUCACAGUGAAAUCACUAACUUGGCUGGGUUUGAUGUGGAGGCUGUUAUCAAUCCUACCAAUGCUGACAUUGACCUUAAAGAUGAUCUAGGGAACGCUCUGGAGAAGAAAGGGGGCAAGGAGUUUGGGGAGGCGGUCAGCGAGCUGCGCAAGAAGAAUGGCCCGCUGGACGUGGCAGGAGCGGCUCUGAGUCCAGGCUUCGGGCUCCCUGCUAAGUUUGUGAUUCACUGCAACAGCCCGGGUUGGGGCUCUGACAAGUGCGAAGAGCUGCUGGAGAAGACAGUGAAGAACUGCCUGGCGCUGGCGGAUGAGAAGAAGCUCAAGUCAAUCGCGUUCCCUUCUAUUGGCAGCGGCAGGAAUGGAUUCCCAAAGCAGACUGCAGCUCAGCUUAUCCUGAAAGCCAUCUCCAGCUACUUCGUCUCCACGAUGUCCUCUUCCAUCAAGACGGUUUUCUUCGUGCUGUUCGACAGCGAGAGUAUAGGGAUCUACGUGCAGGAGAUGGCGAAGCUCGAUGCCAAUUAAACUUUUAAACUUGAACCAGCGUCAGCUUCACUGCGUCUGAUUAAACAGGGGGAGGGGGCUUUUUCUGAUACGUUUUUUUUUUUUUUUUUAACAUUUCCUAAAAUGUCUGUUUUGAUUAUGCUCUGCGUCAUGGACGGCUUUGGAAUUUGAUGUCAUUUAGAUGAGCGCUUCUCAACCGGGGGCGUGUCAAACCUUCUAGGGGGCGUGGCCAGCGUUUGAUUUGUUUUUACUGAAAGGUCGAAUCAUGUUCAUAGCUUCAGGUUUAUUCUUUUUUUUUUUCGUGUGGAAGGGAAGCUGCAGGUACUUUUUGUAACUGUGUCGUGCUUCUUACUAUGUGUCGCACAGAUUUAGAUUUCUUUGUUUAUGAUAAACUGGUGCUGCAGACUUUCAUGUUUAUAUUGUGUAUAAUUAACGGUGCCAAUGAAGUAUGUAAUGUAUAGUGUUUUAGUAAAAUACUGGGAUGUUUCA